AGUUUGCCUGCACAGUUUAGUCUGAGGAGUUGGUCCAGCAGACAGACCACUGUCUUUCAACUUAACUUAAUCUUCUUUUUCUGUGAGGUAUUUUCUCAAAUUUUCAUUUCUUUUUCUUGCAAUAUCUUAUAUUAUUCUAUUUUUUCAGACAACAAACUUUUCAACUGCAAUAAUGGGUGAAGAAAAGAAAGAGAAGAAGAAGAAGAAGAAGGAAAAGAAAGAAGAAUCUGAGAUCGAAGAACAUUCUGGAGAUGAGAAAAAAGAAGCUAAGCCAGCAAAGAGAGGAACAUCAAACGUUUUUGCCCUCUUUAAUCAGGCACAGAUUCAAGAAUUCAAAGAGGCCUUUACCAUGAUGGAUCAGAACAGAGAUGGUGUAAUCGAUAUGGACGAUCUAAAUUCGAUUCACCAACAAUUGGGUAGAGAGCCAGAUACGAAAACGUUGAAGGCCAUGCUGGAGGAGAGUCCUGGUCAAUUAAACUUCACUCAUUUUCUAACUCUAUUUGGUGAACAUUUGCACGGUACCGAUCCCGAAUCAACCUUGAGGGACGCCUUUAUCAUGUUUGACGAGGGAAAUACUGGAAAAUUAUCUGAAGAAUACUUUAAAGACUUACUCAUGAAUGUUGGAGAUCUGUUCAGCAAGGACGAAAUUAAGCAAACCUUCAAAGAAGCACCAAUCGAGGGAGGUCAACUCGAUUAUUUGGCGUUCAUUGCUGCUGUUGUAGGUAGAGCCGAUCUAUUAUGUUCAAUGUUCUAUCUGAUAUCAUUACUCCUUUAUAUAAAAAGUUGGACAAACAACGUAUUUAUUAUACCUGUGAUAAUUUCAACUGUUUUAUCUGUACUAGCAAAAGAACAAGGUAUAACUUCACUGAUAUUUAAUUACAACUAUAUUUACGCUAUGAAUAUUUGGUUAUUGUUAAAUCCUUCUUGGUUGUGUUUCGAUUGGUCAAUGGGAUGUAUACCAAUUCUCAAUUGGGCUGAUAAUAGACUUAUAAUAGUUUGCAUAUUUUGGGCUGUUGUUGGACUUUAUUCUAUUAAAAUUUUAAGAAAAUUGCCAAAUUUAUUUAUUCUAUCCAAUGGAAUUAAAAGUUUCUCAAGAGCUAUCAUAUGGAAAACUGAAAAAUCACUAUUUGAGAGUGGAAAAUACGUUUGCCCUAAAAAUGCUAAAGUUCAUUAUAAUAUUGCUAAAAUUCACGGUGAUUCUGGUAAUUUAACGUUCGCAAUUUCAGAAUAUAGAUUAGCAAUAAGGCUUUAUAAGAAUUAUGAACAAGCGAUGAAUAAUCUUGCAAAUAUUCUUAAGGAUAAAGGAGAAUUUAUAGAGGCUGAAAGUCUUUUGUCAAAGGCUGUUACCAUUAAUUCAGAGUUUGCGGCUGCUUGGAUGAAUUUGGGUAUCGUUAAAAUGAAUCUUAAAAAGUAUAAAGAAAGCGAAUUUUCCUUCGGCAAUGCUCUGAGACACAGAAAGUACUAUCCCGAUUGUUAUUACAAUUUAGGAAAUCUCUAUGCCGAAACAAAGCAUCACCAAUCAGCUCUGGCUGCUUGGGGAAAUGCUACACAACAAAAACCUUCUCAUUUGAAUGCCUGGUUUAAUAUAAUAGUUCUUUAUGAUAAUUUAAAAAAUUUUGAAAGAGGUGAAGCUGUUGUUAAAGAGGCCCUAAAGCAUAUUCCAAAUUCUGAUGUUAUUUAUUUUCAAUACUCUAUUAUGCUUGGCAAGAGUGAAAAAUUUGAAGAAGGAGAAACACAAAUGCUAAAAGCCAUAUCUCUUAAUCCUUCCGCUAAAUAUUAUGGAAAUUUGGGUAUUCUUUAUCAUAGGUGGAAAAAAUACCAUAAGGCUGAAAACGCAUACAAGAAAUCGCUACUCCUAGAGCCAAACAAUAUUGAAAUGAAAAAGAAUUAUGAAAUGCUUAAAAUAUCAAUGAAUAAAAGAAAGAUAUGA